AUGCUUAGAGGUAGUACAUUAAGACCAAUUAUUCGUAAUAAUGUCAAUAGAUACGUGAAAUCGGCAUUUCAUAGCAGUGUAAAGUUGAAUGCUGGGUCAGUAUUUAAGAUGCCUGCAAUGUCACCUACAAUGACUGAAGGAGGAAUUGUUGCUUGGAAAUUUAAGGCAGGAGAGGAGUUUUCAGCGGGAGAUGUGUUGUUGGAGGUUGAGACUGACAAGGCCACCAUUGAUGUCGAGGCACAGGAUGAUGGUAUUAUGUGGGAGGUUUUGGAAAACGAUGGGGCCAGUGGAGUGGCAGUUGGAAAACCGAUUGCUUUGUUAGCAGAGCCAGGUGACGAUUUAUCGAGCUUAGAGAAGCCAUCUUUAGAGGCAGAAGCGCCACAGACAACCCCUAAGGAAGCUCCUAAGGAAGAGGCCAAGGAGCAACCAAAAGAGCAGCCUAAGAAACAAGCAGAACAGACCAAGCCAAAGAAGAGUGGGUCAGAUGGCAACUCAGACGGCGUAUUUGCGAGCGCUAACCCAAACCAGAAGUUCAUGCCUUCUGUGGAGUUGUUAUUGCAUCAAAAUAACAUUUCGGCUGAUGAUGCCAUUUCCAAAAUCCCAGCUUCUGGUCCUAACGGUAGAUUAUUAAAGGGGGAUGUUUUAGCAUACAUCGGAGAAAUAAAGAAAGAAUCAGUGGUCAGUAUCGCCAAAUAUAUCAAGUCUAGAGAGCAUUUAGACUUAUCGAACAUCAAGUUAGCAGAACCAAAACCAAAGGAUGCCGGCAAGCCUGAAAGCAUCGAACCAGAAAAGCCAUCCAAUAUCUUGACAGUCGAAGUUACCUCAGAAUUCUCUCAAGAUAUUUCCAAAGAAAAAUUCCAAUACGCAUUCGAAAAAUCAAUCAAAUCAGCCAUAAAACACACCUACGCCCAAAGAUUUCCCCAAUACUCAUCUUCGCCUUCGGCAUCCUCUUUGGUCGAAUCUGACGUGUUUGAUGACUUAUUAGCUCCUCCAGUUACCAAGAACAGAUUCGAAGUUUAUGGAAUCAACUACACCUUCUUUGGACAGGUAGCAUCUCCAACAUCAUCAGCUGCUAUUGCUGAUGAGUUCGAUGAAAUCUUAGGUUUAUCCUCUCCAUCUACUGCUGCUCCUUCUGCUUCAGGUGAUGGUGUGCAUAGCGUUAAUGUUGAAUUCAAUAUUAAAUUUGACGAAUCCUUAACUGACUCGAAAGCAUUUGUUGACUACUUUGAAGACUCUUUACUUUCUCAAAUUCCUAGCAGAAAGCUUAAAAUUACAAACUAA